AUGGGGUUGGACGUGGUGUUUUCCUCUCUAGGACCGGUCUGUAUGGUCCUUUUGGCGUUCGUUUCCACAGUUGACGCGGACGGCCACUGUUUGGAGCCGCUGGGGAUAGAGACAGGAGGGGUAGCAGACAGCCAGCUGACCGCGUCCUCAGCGACGCCUGGGUUCGAGGCUAGAUGGGGCCGGCUGAACGGGGAAAAGGCGUGGCAGAUGGACACGUUCGACCAAUCACAGUGGCUGGGCGUGGACCUGGGACGGAACUGGUAUGUGAGCGCCAUCAGGACGCAGGGCCUGGCGCCAGGCUAUAUCGAGUCCUACAGAGUCGUGUAUCGGGUGAAUGGUUCGACUGAGUACACGGUCUACACGGAGAACAGACAGGCAAAGAUUUUCCCAGGUAACGCUGACGGUGAGACGGUGUCCCAGCAGACCCUGUCCCCGCCCGUGUACGCGCGAUACGUCCUCAUCAACCCGGUAACCUUCAGCAGCACGCCCAGACUCAGGGUGGAGCUACUCGGGUGUGAAGACGUGAGAACCGAAACGACGCCGGCGAUCUCAGCCGGGUGUUACGAGCCUCUGGGUCUGGAGGACGGCCGCCUAGCGGACGACAAAAUCACUGCAACUACAGAAACAGCAGGGUUCGAGGCGUUCCGAGGCCGGCUGAACGGCCGCCGGGCCUGGCAGAUGGGAACCGUGGACAGGAGUCAGUACCUGGCCGUGGAUCUGGGCGAAAACCUCUACGUGUCGGCGGUGAAGACUCAAGGACAGUACGGUGGCCACGUGACAGACUACAGACUGGUGUAUCAGGUGGACGGGUCAUCUGCUCUCAACCCUUACAGGGAGAACGGAACUGAGAAGCUGUUCCCAGGAAACAGUGACAGUACGACGGCAGUAGAACACCAGCUGGUCCAGCCUGUGUACGCACGGUAUCUCCUGAUCAACCCACGGGAAUACACAGCCAUACCCAGGAUGAGAGUUGAACUCUUCGGAUGUAAAGAAGUCCCAGUUGAGUCCACCCUUGUCUCCCCCACCAGAGCUGCCCCAGUAGAACCCACAUCCCCAGCCCCGACCACAGCCUGCCCACGGCCGCUGGGCAUGGAGGAUGGGACUAUUGUAGAUGAUCUCAUACGUGCAACAACACAGAUUGCCGGGUUCGAUGCGUUUAACGCCCGGCUGAACGGCCCCAGUGCGUGGACCAUGGGUCUGGUCAACACCAACCAGUUUCUGGCCGUCGACUUUGGACGGGAUGUUAACGUCACAGGUAUCCAGACCCAGGGCCUGGGAGAGGGGCACAUCAAGACUUACCGGAUCGCCUACCAAGCAGACGGCUCAGACCAAAUACUGCCAUACUUAGAGGACGGGGCUGUCAAGAUUUUCACAGGGAACAGUGAUGGAGACUCUGUAGUCCAGCAGGACUUCUCCCCGCCCAUCCUCGGCCGGUACAUCCUCGUCAACCCGCAGACUUUCACAGCUGUGCCGCGCCUCCGUAUAGAACUACUGGGAUGUGACAACUUAUAAAACCUGAGACAUAGAUUAUUAGCAUGAAAGUUUAUCUGUGUUGGUAUAAGGCCACACCAAUUUAAUUUCUUGGUUAACGGA